UGGUACACUAUGACCUUGUCCACGUGUCUCGGAGAAGUACCGGAAAUAGCCGACUUUUCCCGAAGAACCACGAGGCGUUCGUUGUCGUAGUAACCCGUGUGUUUCGCAGUUCGCACAACCCCCACUGAAAAAGGCGUAUUACUUUUCCGCGGUAAACACUUUCGCCCGAUCCGUGUAUGACCAUGAUGAUGAACAACUUUGAAUUGUUAUCGGAAGGCCUGUCAAAUGUUAAAGUGCAGAGACGUCGGGACGCAGAGGCUCGAAGACGAGAGAGGCUGUUGGAUGACAAACUGAGGAGCAUCGGAGUUGACAAGGAGUUUCUUGACAAGCAAGUGGCUGAGAAGAUGGCAAGGAAAAAGGCAGAAAAGGAAGAACAAGAAGCCCAUGAUGCUGCUAUGUUGGACAAUAUAGAACACGCUUCUCUGCUCCAUACUCAACAACUGAAGGUCAAACAUGACACGGAGAAGGCCAUCGUGGACUACCGGCGUCAGUACCAACAGCCUCAUGGCGGGAAGGAGUUGGACGCGAAAGCGCAGAUGAUGAUGUUGCCUGGUCUGCUCGGCGAAGACCCGGACAGCAGGAGACGAGCACAGAGGCAGAGGGAGCAGCUCCAAAGGUGGCUGAUCCAGCAGCAGGAUGAGAAGGGUGCAGAAAAACACAGACAGAAGAUGGAGAAGCUGCAGGACGACCAAAGGAGAAUCGACAUGGACAAUGAAGCUCUGCAGCGGCUGAACAAAGAACAAGAGAGGAGAAAAACAGCAGCAAUUGCGACUAAAGAGUGGAAUCGGAACACGAUGAUCAAGACCGAAGAAAGGCGUCUUCAGGAGCGUAAUCAGGACAUCCAGCGGCAAGAUCGGCACACAGGCAUGAUGGGAGCCCCUGGCCUCAAUCCCAGCAUCGAUAGGAAGCCGCCUCCUGAGAGCUCAAUGCAAAUCUCUCAGUUCCACAAACAUCAAAUUGAAGAGAAAAUGAGGGCGGAAUUAGAGAAGAAAAGAGAAGAGAUGCGACACGAUGGCAUCCGUCUGGACUCGGCUCGUACAGCUGUGCUCUUGGAGAGGCAGCAAGCCCGACACAGGAAGCAGCUACGGCAACAUGUUGACACUAGCAACAAAGAGCUGGCUACAGCACAGCACAGGAAAGAGGACAUUGGAAGGGGACACAUUGAUGAGCGAUACUUCUCCCAAUUCAACACCAGCAGCCGCUGAAGACAACGAUGAUGAUCUACAGCCGAGUUACUGUGUGUUCCAAAAUAAAAGACUGCAAAUGUAGACAUAGAAAUACAGUGCCUUUUCAAGAUACAAUGUUUUAGUGGCAGUUAUGGACAAACGUCAAAAUCAAUGUGACAACAGUGUUCUUGUUAUCGAAACAGGAAAGUUUAUAAACAAAUAUCAGCAGAGAACAUUUCCUAAACCACAUCAUACAACACAUUUGAAUCAUUCACUUCUUAAAUCACAAGUAAAGCGCACGCACACAACUGCAAGAUCCACAGUCAAAACAUGAUUCUUUUGGAGUCUUGCGAAUCUCUUCAAUAAAAAAAUCUCUGUCUACAUAUUGCCAAAACAAAGGGUGGUGCCAUAACCUCAAAAUGAAAGGCCAUCCUUAUAGCCGAUUGGAAGCCUGAACAUUGAUUUCCAGACUCAGAGUAGCAUUUAGAAUACACUGCAAACAAACGUCUGAAGUUUUGAUUUUUGGCCAGAGUUUUCCAAGAAUCAUAAACACAAAUUUUUGUGACCACAACGCAUAUAAAAUGUUUAAAAAUAGUGCGAGCAGUUUUCAUGGCGAUGUCAAAAGAGAAAGCACCCGAGCAAAUCUGGGCCCCGCCAUUACAAAGUGCAAAUUCAAGAGAAAUACCCAAUCGCAAAAGUGCUAAA